GCCUUUGUCCUGUUCUGGAUCCUCUGUCCAUUCAUUUCUUCAGUCCUUCCUUCUUCAUUCAUUCUGUCCUGUUCCGCUCGCCGAAGCCACGUUAUCCUAGGGUUUAGUCCCAAAUGAGUCAGCAUACAGCCCCGCUCUGCGGGAGCUGCCUGUCUGGCGAGGACACCCGCACAAACACGGUUGCAGAGAGCGAGGAACGCUGGGUUUCUGCAGGUCUUGUCCCUCCUCAGAGAGUCUGGUAGGCCCUACACCCUGCAAAAUCCCAUAUGCUUCAGGGACUCCAUUCCACUGAAGAAAUUGAGGCCCCUAGCUCUACGCAUCCCUCAUUUUUACUGCUCGUUAAAUAUUCUUGUGGGGAAUGGAGUAUUGGAAGCAUGCAAAGAAGGUCUACUCACCGAGGCCAUGGAAGUGGAGGCUGCAGAGGCCAAGUCCCCAGGCCCCUGCUACAAGCGCUCUGGCCGCCGUUAUAAGUGCCUGUUUUGUACAAAGACAUUUCCAAAUGCUCCCAGGGCAGCCCGCCAUGCUGCUACACAUACAACUACAGACUGCACAGAGGAGGUGAAUGAGGUCCAGCCGAAGGUGGAUGCAGAGCCCAAGGCUGAGGAAGCCAGUGGAGACAAGGUAUCUGGGUCAGUAGCCAAGCCCCGGCCCUAUGCUUGCCCUCUGUGCCCCAAGGCCUACAAGACAGCUCCUGAGCUACGCAGCCAUGGACGCAGCCACACUGGUGAGAAGCCCUUCCCGUGCCCAGAGUGCGGCCGCCGUUUCAUGCAGCCAGUGUGCCUGCGUGUGCACCUGGCCUCACACGCUGGUGAGCUGCCUUUCCGAUGCACACACUGCCCCAAGGCUUAUGGUACACUCUCUAAACUAAAGAUCCACCAGCGUGGGCACACAGGCGAGCGGCCCUAUGCCUGUACUGACUGCGGCAAGAGCUUUGCUGAUCCUUCAGUGUUCCGCAAGCAUCGGCGCACGCAUGCAGGCCUGCGCCCCUACAGCUGCGAGCGCUGCGGCAAGGCCUAUGCUGAGCUGAAGGACUUACGCAACCACGAAAGGUCCCACACGGGUGAGCGCCCCUUCCUCUGCUCAGAGUGUGGUAAAAGCUUCUCUCGAUCCUCUUCCCUCACAUGCCAUCAGCGUAUCCAUGCAGCCCAGAAACCCUAUCGCUGCCCGGCUUGUGGUAAGGGCUUCACACAGCUCAGCUCUUACCAAAGCCAUGAGCGCACACAUUCAGGCGAAAAGCCCUUCCUGUGCCCUCGGUGUGGCCGCAUGUUCUCUGAUCCCUCGAGCUUCCGCCGCCACCAGCGGGCACAUGAGGGUGUAAAGCCUUACCGCUGUGAGAAAUGUGGCAAGGACUUCCGGCAGCCAGCUGACCUGGCCAUGCACCGUCGAGUACACACCGGCGACCGACCCUUCAAGUGCCUGCAGUGUGACAAGACUUUUGUGGCUUCCUGGGACCUCAAGCGGCAUGCAUUGGUACACUCAGGACAGCGGCCGUUCCGCUGUGAGGAGUGUGGGCGAGCAUUUGCUGAGCGAGCUAGCCUUACAAAGCACAGCCGCAUGCACUCUGGCGAGCGUCCUUUCCACUGUAAUGCCUGCGGGAAAUCCUUUGUGGUGUUAUCCAGCCUCAGGAAGCAUGAGCGCACCCAUAGAAGCAACGAGACUACGGGAGCUGCCCCCCAGCAGGAGUUGGUACUGGGACUAGCACUGCCUGUAGGUGUCGUAGGUGAGGGCUCAGCUGCCCCUGUGGCAGGUGCAGGGAUAGGGGAUGCUCCAGCAGGGCUGCUAGGGUUACCGCCUGAGUCUGGUAGUGUAGUGGCCACACAGUGGCAAGUGGUGGGCAUGACUGUAGAGCAUGUGGAGUGCCAGGAUGCUGGCGUUGGCGAAGCUCCUAGUACCCUGGGAGAUGCAGGAGAGGUGGGUGGGGAGGAGACUGAUGAGAAGCCCCCACAGUUUGUGUGUCGAGAGUGCAAAGAAACUUUCUCCACACUGACAUUGCUACGCAGGCAUGAACGCUCACACCCAGAGCUCCGGCCCUUUCCCUGCACCCAGUGUGGUAAGAGCUUCUCAGACAGGGCUGGGCUUCGUAAGCAUAGCCGCACCCACAGCUCUGUACGCCCCUACUCCUGUUCCCAAUGUCCUAAAGCUUUCCUGAGUGCCAGUGAUCUGCGCAAACAUGAACGCACCCACCCUGUGCCCAUCGGGACCCCCAUACCCCUGGAACCCCUUGUGGCUCUGCUAGGAAUGCCAGAAGAAGGGUCAGCCUGAAGUUUAUAGAUCUCCACUACACUCCCAGAAGGCCAUCCCUAGUCUCCAAACCCCUGCCUCUGGGCAGCUAGCUCAGUUCUCGUCCACUAAGAGCUGUGGACAGUGGAAGCUGGUAGCAUUUGUGAGAGGUACUCAUUAAAGCAUUGGCUUUGAUACCAAGCUGUCUUCUGUAUCUUGGUUCAGUUUAACUGGAGUGGAAAUCUGGGAUUAACAUACAUUAGAAGGGUCUUGGUGACAGCCUCUCACAACUUAGCCUGAUCCAGAACUUGCUAUGUAUCCCCGGCUCACCGUGAACUCAACCAUGUUCCUAUCUCAGCCCUCCAAGUGCUAGGAUUACAAGGAUUUACCACCACACCUGGCCCCUCAGAGGGUCUUGAAAUGCACUGAUUGCCAAAGUGUGUUUUGGGUUGUCCUGUGAAAGAGAUUUCAUGGCCAUGGAUGCGUCUGUACCUCUGAGGAAAAUUGGUGACUGAAAGGUGUAUUCCAAGUAUUAGUCCUGCAGUAAACAGACCCAUGUGCCUUUGUCUGGCCUAUAUUCAGGAUCGUGAAACCUUUACUGAUUAAGUCCUCUCACAGGGAGUAAGCUGGGGCUAAACAAUUCCUUUUUCUUGGGGCUGGAAAGAUGGCUUCACUAUUUAAGACUAAGGCUCACAAUAAAAAAGGUUUGGGGGUUGGGAAUUUAGCUCAGUGAUAGAGCGCUUGCCUAGCAAGCGCAAGGCCCUGGGUUCGGUCCCCAGCUCUGAAAAAAAGAGAAAAAAAAAAGGUUUGGUUCCUAGCACCCAUACUUGUCUCUCUAAUUACUUAAAAAAAAAAAAAAAAGCUCCCCCCCCAUAUGAGGCAGCUAAAAAAAAUAAAAUCAAACCUGUCUUUAAUGUUUAUCAUAGUAACAAAUUAGGAAGCAUAUUUAGAGGAAACCAGAUUUCUCUUCGCAUUAAAACCCAUGAACUAUAAAGAAUUAACCUUACUAGAAAACUCCUUACUGGGUUUGAUGGUUCAUGCCUUUAAUCCCAGUACUCAGGAGGCAAAGGCAGUUGGAUCUCAGAGUUUGAGGCCAUCCUAAUCUACAGAAUGAGUUCCAGAUAGCCAGGGAUACACAUAGAAACCUUGACUCA